AAGUGGUACUACUCGCUGCCUGCGCAAUCUAUCCGACGCUGGGUUCAACUCAGGUCGGCGUCCCGCUCCCAUUUCAUCGGAGCGCAAGUUUGCUUGAUCCCAAAGGAGUCGAUUACGAACAUCGUCCAGAAGGACGACGAGAGCUUGAAGGAGUAUGUUGCCCGUUUCAACGAGCGUGUGCAAAACAUGGAGCCAUGCCAUCCUGAAACACUCUUGGUGAGCGCUAUUUCAGGGCUGAAGCCGAAGUCGAUGUUCAGGUGGGCGUUGUGCCAAAACAAGCCCAGUACCUUCCAGGAAUUUUUGGUCCGGGCACAAAACCACAUAAUUGCCGAGGAAAGCAUGUCGGUCCCGGAUUUCACGUUCGCAUCCCCAGGACAAAGACCGACGUCGGAAAAGAGGAAGAAGUCUUUUGGCAACACGCACAAGAAGACCUCCUCCACGGACCCGAGGUGGGGGGAUCCGAACGACCCCGAGGUGCGAGCAGCUCGGAAACAAUUCCGGGAGGACCUGAAAGAAGGAUACCGAUCUAUCUACUCGGUCGGAGCGGCCGCCAUUUACGAGGAAAUAAAGGGAAAGGGAAUCAUCCCCGACGCUCGACCCGUCAAAACCCCGGAGAACCAACUCGACAAGGGCCGCUACUGCGACUACCACAAGUCGCCGGCGGACGUCGGUUCGCCCCAAGACCAACACAGGAAGAGGGGCCGAGAAGCCGACGCCCAGCCACGAUCCAGCCAGACCCCUCCGACCUCGGGACGGUCGAGUCCUAUUCCCCGAGUUAAUACAAACCGAGAUACACCGACUUCAUCCAGAAGGCAGGCCAAGGCCUAUGCACGAAAGGCCUACAACUCGGGGAAGCAAGUCAUGACCUCGGAUCUUAGAGAGACGAUCAAUGCCCGCACCUGCCCGAUCACUUUUACGUUGGAGGACGCAAGUCUGUUCGAUCAUCCACACUCGGACGCACUCAUAAUCACGGCCCCCAUCUGCGGCAUUCCUGUCCACCGGAUCAUGGUGGACACCGGGGCCUACACGAGCAUCCUCAUGCUUAAGGCGUUCAACAAGCUCGGGAUAGACCCCGCCGAGGUCCGCCCUUGCAAUGACCGCGUCCACGGCUUCAACGGGAGCGUGGCGCUCCCAUUAGGGGAAAUCACACUCCCCAUCAGGUUCGGAGGGAACGAACAGACAUCCAAAGACAUGAAGGGGAUCGACCCGAAAGUCGCUUGCCACCGGCUCAACAUCGACAAAACGGUGAAGCCGGUCAUUCAGAAGAGGAGGAAACUCGGCCCCGACCGACAACUGGCCCUCGAGGAGGAGGUGAAUAAGCUGGUUGAUAAUAAAUUCGUCAAAGAAACCAAGUACCCGACCUGGGUAUCCAACCCCGUUCUGGUCAAGAAAGCCAGCGGCGCGUGGCGACUGUGUAUAGACUUCUCCGACCUCAACAAAGCUUGCCCGAAGGACAGUUACCCCCUGCCACACAUAGACUACAUGGUCGAUGCGACCUCGGGCCACGAACUCAUGAGCUUCAUGGAUGCCUACUCGGGCUAUAACCAGAUACCUAUGGACCCGGAGGAAGCGGAGCACACCUCGUUCUAUUCGGAUCGGGGGCUGUAUUGCUAUACGAUGAUGCCAUUUGGACUGAAGAACGCAGGGGCCACCUAUCAACGGUUGGUUAACAAGAUGUUUUCUAGGUUGAUAGGGCAGACUAUGGAAGUCUAUGUUGAUGAUAUGUUAGUGAAGUCGGUUGUAGCAGAUGACCAUGUAACUCAUUUGAAUGAAAUGUUUAAAAUUUUACGCGAUUACUCGAUGGUGUUGAAUCCGAAGAAAUGCACCUUCGGGGUGAAAUCGGGAAAAUUCUUGGGCUAUAUGGUUAGCCAAAGGGGGAUCGAAGCCAACCCGACAAAGAUCCAAGCAAUACUCGACCUCAGACCCCCCACCUCGGUGAAGGGAGUGCAAGGUUUAACUGGUAGGCUAGCGGCCCUGAAUCGAUUCAUUUCAAAGUCGACCGACCGCUGCAAGCCAUUCUUUGACACAAUCAAGAAAGGGAAGAAGUUCGAAUGGACCGACGAGUGUCAGAAAGCCCUCGACAAUAUCAAAGACACGCUGAGCCGACCUCCGGUCCUACAGAAACCGAAGCCCAACGAAGUGCUGUAUUUAUACCUCGGCGUAAGCAACUCGGCAGUCAGCGCUGUACUCAUAAGAGAGGAGGAGACAUGUCAACACCCGAUCUACUACGUGAGCAAAGCAUUACACGACGCCGAGCUCAGAUACCCGCCAAUGGAGAAGUUGGCUUACGCUCUUGUCAUCGCUGCAAGAAAACUCCGACCAUAUUUCCAAGAACAUUCAGUCACCGUCUUGACGGCCCAUCCGUUGAGGCAAGUCCUACACAGACCAGACACCUCGGGGCGAAUGAUCAAAUGGGCC